UGACGCUGAAAUAGGUACACGUACGUGUACGUGUAUAUGUGUACUGUACAUUGCUAAAUCAUGCUAAGUUAGUAAACGUACGGAGAAAAUGUCACUGCGGUCACAGUACAAAAGACCCCCUUUACGGGAAUCUCAAGAAAAUAAUUCAGCGAAAGUCAACAAUAUGGACAAAGUUGACGUGAUAAACACCACCAGUGAAUUAAGUGAAGAUGAUACUACAGAUAGAAACAAAACUACAAGGUCUUUCAUUAUUUUGGGCGUGAUAUUUCUCUUAGCCCUGGGUGUGAUGGGUUUCGUGUAUGUUAGCUUUCCACGCUUAGACCCGGAUGAAGUGCAAUACGUGAAGUUACCUAGGGAUAUAGAAGAUGCCAAAGCCCUGGGAAGGGUGUUGUCUCAUUACAGCAAAACAAACUACAUCACUGUCAUGGUGGCAUUCUUCACAACGUAUAUAUUCUUACAAACUUUUGCAAUUCCCGGCUCCAUAUUUCUCAGUAUUCUCUCUGGUUUCCUAUUCCCAUUCCCUCUAGCAUUACUCAUGGUCUGUCUGUGUUCAGCCAUUGGUGCAUCCAACUGUUAUUUAUUGUCCUACCUCGUUGGUGUCCGACUUGUCAUGAAAUACAUUCCAGACAAAGUAGAGAGCUGGUCAGCCACGGUGGCCAGGCAGAGGCAUCAUCUUCUGAAUUACAUCAUUUUUCUACGAAUCACCCCGUUUCUACCCAACUGGUUCAUCAACAUCACAUCGCCUGUUCUGAAAGUACCCAUCACCCCAUUUUUCAUUGGAACAUUCCUAGGAGUAGCACCACCGUCUUUCGUAGCAAUCCAAGCGGGAACCACUUUGUAUCAACUCAGUCACUAUGGUGAUGCCGUUUCUUGGACCUCUGUCAUUGUUCUAGCUGUUUUGGCCGUUGUGUCAAUCCUACCGGUAAUAUUGAAAAAUCGUUUAGGAAAGAAGUUUGAAUAAAUACAAAACAAGAAAACUGGUUGGUGCCUAAUUUAGUCUAUAUGAUGAGAAGAUGCCAUCAUUCAAAAGUAUAACAGGUAUUAGCAGGCUGGUCAAUAGUAUUUAUAUUCACCAGUAUAUUUUAUAUUGACUUAUGUAUGAUGGAAGUGAUCUUGGCAGUGUUGGUUGCGGGUAUUGAGGAGAAUGGAAAUAUGUCAAUGCUGAGAUGGAAUUCCACAAAUUGGGAACUUCCACUUUGUUGAGAAGCACUGCCCAUUUUACUGUGGCAACAGGAUUAUUUAAUGGUGAAAAAGACAAGAUUUUUUGAUUAGAUUAUUUGAGGGAAAUUCACUGCCAGUUUUAUCUUGGCGUGUAAAACUAACACUUUAUUAUCGACUUUGUUAUAAUAAUGAUGUGUGUGAGAUGUAGCAAAACUUAACCGAGAACAAUAACUACAGGUGCAGAUUAUGUACAUCUUAGCAAUUUCAGGUGCUUGACCACAGGGUCUGUGGGCUCUGUAGAGGGCGCUGGUGCCCAUUCAUCAAUGAGAUUACCCUUUAGAGUUACAAUAUGGAGCCAGUGAUGGGAUAUACCAGUAUCUUAACAUGCAUCUUUCAAGCACAACGUUUUUAAAGUUUAUAGAGGGUCUGAUGUAUCAAUACUUGCAGAAUGGCAGAAUCUUUUUUCCAAGGCUUUGUAAUAGUUCGCUGAACUCAGUAAACAGCAGCAGGUUCUGCAUUUCUCCACCACAGUUUAAAAAAAGUUGUCAUUAGUAAUUGUUUUUUGCAUAAAAAUUGACAAUAUGCAAAGCAAAACAUCUCACCUCUCAUAUUUUAGUGCUGGUUAUGUUUUGGAUGAAUGUAAAACUUUCUGAAGAAUCAAAACUGUCUCCAGUUAUAACACAGCCAGCCCCAGUUUUUUUCUAAUUGUAGUUAAUACGCAGCUGAUUGUGAGAAGUAGAUUGAUACACCAUGAGAGUACUAAUAGACAUUCACAAUGACAAGUAAUUAAUUAUGUUAAUUAACAAUGAGCCAUCAUUGUAAUAUAUUUUUCACAACCUUAAAGUCCUUUAGAUAAAUGUCAGUGACUUCUGAAAUAGCAUAAGCACUUUGUAAAAAGAGAAAACCAAUAUCAUUUGGCCCAACCAAAGUGAAGUAGUCAUUAUUUACAAGAAGAUGCACCUUGCAUUGCCACAGUGGUCGUACUCUACCUGUAGAACUUUGAGCAAUUGAUUGGGACAUUUCCAGGAAGGGGGAAGGAGCAAUCAUCCCCUGUGAACUGAUAAACUAUUAACAAUGAAGGGGGGUCUCAAUUUAGAUGUUGUGUAAAAUGAGGGUUUUGUCACCUCUUUUUAUUUCUUUUCAUUUUUCACCAUUUUCGUUUCUUUUUCGAUUUUCCGGGGGGAGAGGCUCCUUCCCCUUGUGACACCCAUGAACUUGUUGCAAUCAAGUAGUCUUGGUCAAGAUUCUAAGUCCUGUUAUUCUGAGCCAGAUUCAGGAUCCAGCAAGGCAAGCUUAGGACAUUUCUAAGAUUUGAACCUUUCGUCGUCUGAAGGAAUCGAAUACUCCUGUGACUUCAAAAUACAGUAUGUCCUUGAUUGGAAUGGAAACGCCUGUGUCAAAGUGAUCAGCCACUUUGUCUGCUUCUGCUCUUUGUCUACAUCAUGAAUUGAGUUCACUUGAAUGCUUUUCAUUGUUUUGGAAUCAUUGUUGUUGGUGUAACGAGGAAAUUCAGAGAUGACAGAAACACCUGUAGCACUCCUCAUAUUGAGAUUAUAUUGACCGUUGAAAAACAAAAAUCUUAGUACAUGUAUCUUGCGUUAGUUGUACAUGUAUGUUUUAUUGGAAAAUAUUGCCAUUGAGCAUUGAGACAUUGCACACUAGUAACUGAAUAAAAGGUUUAUCUGGAUAGUGGAAAUGA